CUCUGCUUGAGUCAUUUUGUACGUUAAAGUGAUAUUGUGAAUAAAACUUAAUUAUACGGUCAUUUAUUACUAAAAGAAAAUGUCUGGUUUACAAUCUUUUAUGGAAAGGAAUCCUGCAAUUUACUAUAAAGUGAAUAUACCAAGUGAAAUUGAAAAAUGCCGAAAAGCUACCAAAAAGACACCACUUAUAUUGAUUGAUGGAAGUUGCUCUAGGCGAAUAUUUGGAGAGACUGACCCAAAAAGAAUUUUGACAGGAGGUCAAUUCAAAUUGUAUAAGCAAAAGGCUGAUAAAUUUAUCAAUUUUCUUCAAAGUUUUGAUGUGGAACUAGUUGCAUUUUUUGAUGGAUGCAGGAUAGAUGAUAUGCGGGAUAAAUGGAUAGCUCAAAGGAAUGAGGAUAUCAAUUCUGCUUAUGAAAUCUUGGACACUAUAGAAAAUGAAGGUUUGGAAAACGUUAAAGAAAACAUGAUUAGACGGAUGUAUAAUAUUGGUAUGGUCAUAAAGUCUUGCUUCCAAAGUAAAUGCAAAGUUAUUCAAUCGACACUUGUAGAAUGUGACUCAGAAAUCAUAACAUAUGCAAAAGAAAAUAAGGCUCUGGCUGUAUUUUCACAAGAUGCCGAUUUUGCAGUUGCACAAGCUGAUUUUGCAUACUGGUCUUAUAAAGAUCUGAAUUAUGAAGAUCAAAGUACAUAUGUGUAUGACGGCAGAAAGUUAGCUCAAGGUUUAGGUUUACAAGUGGAACAAUUGCCUUUGCUACGAACAAUGAUUGGUAAUGAUUAUGUUCUAAACAACACUCUGCAUAUGUGGUUCAAGCAACUUAAUGUUCAUCAACAUCGUAAUUCCAACUUCAAUAAACAUGAUGUGAUUUCAAAAGUUGCACUAUACUUAAAGAACUUUGAUAAUUCUGUUGAAAGCUACAAGCGUUUAGCAACCCGAGCAUUAGGCAGUCAGGACAAAUUUCAUGUAAUAAAAAUGUCUGUUGAUUCCUAUAUGGGCAUAAAGAGAGAAAAAGUUACUAGUUUGUCCAAUGAUAUCAGAUGGAACGAUUUAUUAAUGCAAGUUGUUAAUCUUGUACAAGAUCCACAUUCCAAUUUGUCUCCCAUGGUUUUUGACAUAUUAUACAAACAAGUUUUUAUGACAAAUAUGCUUUACGAAGAUUUUAGAAAAUAUGAUAUUCCACCAUCAGGCAUUCUCUGGAGACCAGUAAGAGCUAAAAUAUAUGGAAUUCUACUACUAGACUUUUGUUCUACAAAUGGCAAAAAGAUUGUGAAAGAGUGGGUUUGCCACGGGGGAGAUAUAUCCAUACCUCAUUUCGUUGAAGCAGUUGAACCAAGUUGCAGCCUAAGUAACUAUAAACUACAAGAUUUUUGGGCAGAAGAUAAAGACGAGGACUUGAUUAAUAUAGCUUGGAAAUUAUUUUGCAAUGCGAUGCAUGAAGAUCUUCCUGUGGAAGCAGUGCGAAGUAUUAAUGAAAAGAUAAUGGCAACAACUUUACUAGUGUUAUUCAUGCAUGAUGAAUGUGAAAUGACUCAGGAUGAAAUAGAUGCUUUCCUGAUGAUGAGUGCAUUGUGCAGCACAAAAGAUGAUGUUACUGAAUACUCCGAAGCUUGGAGAGAGCAAUUUAAUACUCGAUUGCUACGUUUAUCUGCAGUGUUUUUAAAAGGUCUAUCAACAAUUUGGUUGUUUUUCAAUAGCACAUGCUUUUUAAUACCAAAGGAAAGUAUAUCAGAUUGGAACAUCUUUGAUGGAGCUCUGUUGCAAUGCUUGUAUAAAUCGCCCUUAAGUGAAAACUCUGUUGAUGAUGAAACAAAGCAGUUAUUCCAAAGCGCUAGAAAUUUUAUUGAUAAGUACAGUUACAUGUUUUAGUACUAUAUAUAUCGUUUAAUCAUCUGUUAUAAGUCUUUUUACACAUGCAUAAAUGCAUUAUAUAAGUAUAAAAAUAUUAUACAUUUUUGUUAUGUAGCAAAU